UCAAACCGCGACUUGUGGUGGUGAGUAGUGUUAACCUGUGCAGUGAUGAAAUUUUUGACAUUAGUGGUGUUUUGUGAAUUGAAUAUGGUUAUAAAGUGUGUAUAAUGGCUCAUAAAUAUAGAGAUGAAGUGGUUGGUAAAAGAUUUCUGUCAGUGAGUGCAAGUUCUAAGCUGAAAUUAUCGAAAAUAAGUGAGUGGGGCUGGAAGGCGGGAGUGAUACGUGCUGCAACUCAUAAGGAUAACACUAAUAAGGAUCUUCAGGUGUUGGUUGAGUACGAUGGGUUGGAGUGGCAGAAGCGCGAGUGGGUGAGUGUGUACCGCGAGGACAUGUUCAAAGUGUUCCUGGUGGAGUCAGGCCUGUACUGGGCGCGCAGGCCCAACCCUCAAGGCUCAGGCACUGUCCUCUGGCCCGCUCUGAAAUUCACCAGCCUGGUAGCCCGGGUGGACAUGAGAGGUCUGCAACCCCUUGAGUUCCUCCACGACCAAUACCUCCUCUUCUCUUCAGAUUCACAAUUACAGCCUUAUAAGGAAUGGGACCCGGGGGCCGGGGGGCUAAAGGGGCAGCUUGGGGUGGAGGUUCGGGAGGCGGCGAGGCACUGGUGCGAGGCCCAGGAUGGGCAGCGCAUCCUCCUCACCACCCCCAGCGUCCUGGUCGGCUAUCGUGUCCAGGUCUACCGCUCACAAGGCACCACCCAGUUCUACACUGCCGUCAUUGUCGGCUACAACGAAACCAAUCGGGAGCUGACUGUUACUGAUGAUACUGUUCUUGAAGAACACAACGAAGAUCCGUGCCUUCUACAAAUGAGACUUAUUGGUGAUGGUGUGGUGGAGUCAAUAAUGCGAGGUGAGGAAGUGGGGAUCACACCGAGAAGAUCAAGGUCAUCAGUGGCUGCCACGCCCAAUCACUUUCCGCCAACGGCGCGGAAUAGGGGAGGGGUGUCGGGGCACCAGCAGACCGAGGUGCGCAAACUCCGCAGGAAUCACAUUGUGCAGACCACACCAUCACCCAACAACAAUAAAGUGAAAGCUGAGAGUAAGCAGAAGCGGUCGAAACGGAAAGCGGGAAACGGAGGCCCCGAAGCGGCCGACGUAGUGAGAGAAAGCGAGAAAGAGGACGUCGAGAACGUAGAGAACGAGUGUGGAGAGAGUGGAGAGAGAGAACGGGAGAAGACAGCGGCGCUGAUAGUUGCAGCUGGCGGUGAAGAGGAGAAGAGGAAGAAGGUGCUAGAGGAGGCCAACUGCAGUGAUCAGCAGCUGAGGUUGGUCGAGGUUAGGGUCGAGGACUGCCUGAGGCCGAAGCAGCCAUUGCAGCCGGUGCAGCCACCGCCCCCACCCCCACUGCCACCCCCAGCCCCUGCAGCCUCACCGACCCCCGGUGAACCGCCGCCUUCGCCCACCACUCACCCGCCACCAGCGGCAUCGUCGCCUCCCCACCCUGAGGAGGAGCACCGCGACGAGGAGGAAGUGGUGAAGAGCGAGGAGGAUGCAGCCAGGAUGGAGGAGGGGCUCCCCUCCUCAGCAGGCAGCCUGCUGCGCUUUGCCGAUGACCGGUCCGAUUCGGGCGUGAGCUCGCUUCGCUCGGCCAGUGGCGAUGAGGGUCGAUCCGGCUCCCGGUCCAGCGCCCUGAGCGGCUCUGACGAGCCCCAGCCCCCACAGCCCCCCCAACAACCCCCACCACAACAUCCUACCGACAACAAGCCCGACGUGUGGAGAGACCCUGGAUGCGUGUUGGUGGGUGAACCAAGCGUGCGCCACAUCCACAGCGUACAGCACCAAACUUUGCUAAUGUCGCAUCAGUCGGCUGCCGCCUCCUCAGCCGCCGCCUCCGCCGUGCCGCCUCCAGCCGCCACCGUCGCUUCCGCCAUGCUGCACCCGCUGCCGCCCCACCACCCAUCGCUGCACCCGCCCCCACACCACCUGCCGCCCCCGACCUCGCUCUACGCCGCAGCCGACAUCUGGAAUGCGCAGCGCUAUCCACCACCUCCGCCUCACGCCGCCGCUGCAGCAGCCGCUCAGUUACUGCAGCAGCAGCAGCGACAGCAGCACGACUCCAGGGCAGCCGCUGCACACCAGCGCCACCACACCAUGAUGGAGCACGCGCAUGCGCUCGACAGGGACCGUGAACGCAUCAUCAGGGAAAGGAGAGAACAAGAGGCUAGGGAGAGAGAGCAGAAGGAGAGGGAGCGGGAGAAGGAAAGGGAGAGAGAAAGAGAGCGUGAAAAGGCUGAACGAGAGAAGCAAGUGCACCAGGAGAGGCUGGAGCGAGAGAGACAGGAGAAGCAGCGGUCGGCGGCCGAGGCAAGGGCUGCGGCUGAGCAGGCUGUGCACAAGCACUUCGAAGAGUCGUUUCGGCUCGCACAUCAGAAGCAGAGGAACCCGAAUAUGUGCUGGAAUCUGAUCAACAGCCUUCCGCCCCCGCACCGUGGGCCAGAGGAGGAACAACAGCAGCGCAAACGCGUCGAAGCGGAGCUGCACCACCAGCAGCGCGAAGCAGCAGCAGCAGCCGCAGCCCAUCAGCAGCAGCGCGAAGCGGCCGCAGCCGCAGCUCACCAGCAGCAAGCGGCCGCAGCCGUGCGGCAGCAGCAGUUGAUUGCCGCCUCCCGCGCCAUGUCUGAGCGCGAACGCGCCGCCUACUACCCUCCGCCUUCAGCUCAGGUGCAGAGGCCACAAAGUGUUGCUAGUAAGGUUGAUUACGGAGCACCCCCAGCGGCGCACAGCAGAGUGAACCAAGGGGGCAAGGGUGCAGGGCAAGGGGAGAAGCCACAGUUGCCCAAAGCAGAACCGCCCAACUUCAACCUGUUCGGCUACCACCCCAGCUACCAGUCACCGCUCGCCUUCCUGCCGCAACACCAGCAGGCAGACAGCAAGCACAUGAAGCAGGACCACAAGCCCACUCAGCUCAUCGUCACCAAGUCGUCGUCGUCGUCUAUCGACAAUCCUCCCCCACUACUCAGUGAUAUGAAAAAUUCUGUGAUUGUUAAAAACGAGGGCAAAAGCCCGCAAAGCAUGGACUCGGUGAAACCGUUAAUGGCACACUCGCCAAGCCCCAAACCGCAGGGCCACUACCUGGCCUCGCCUGUCUCCUCGUCGCCAUCCUCGGCCGCGCAAAUGAAAUACGAGUACCGCAGCCCCAGUCAGUCUCCGCACCACCUCAGCCACCCGCACACGCCUAGUCCACAUCCCUACGAAAUGAACAAGGUGGUUGGCCAUCACCCGCGCCAAGCCAGGCAGUCACCUCAUCCGCCUCCUCACCGCCAGAGUCCUCAUCCGCCACCCGCCUCUCAGCCGCCUCACCAUCGGCAAUCACCUCACCAACACCAGCCCCACGCUCCUCCCCCACCCUCGCACCGGCAGUCGCCUCACCACCCUCACCCGCACCCCUCACCUCCCUCCACGGUGGUCUACACCAGCAAGCCAUCGGCCACAGUGCUCUCCUACCCCUACCCUGCACCCGGCCCACCUGGCAUCCAGCACUACGCACCGCCCCCUGCCAGCCCCGCCCUGCUCAAGCCCAAGGUGAGCAGUCCGGCGCCGCCGCACAUCUACGGCAAGCCGGGCAUAGCCAGCGGCACGCCGGUGGUGCGGACGCAGGAUGUUACACUCAGUCCGCUGCCGCUGCCCGCCAAGCCUCCGCUCGCCACCUCACCUUACCAGCAGCUGUCGCAGCACAAUCCACCGCCUCCCCACCAGGUGCACCCAUCGGCCGGCCUUCCGACGCCCCCAGCCGCCCACUCGGCACGGGUCAUGUACGACCAGAGGGGCGGCGCCACCACCGUUUACCCCGUGGCCGUCUCAGUGAAGGCCCCGGCCGCCUCACCUCCCGACCACCCGCACCUGGCCCUCACCCCCGCCGUCCAGACGCAGCCGCUCGAUCUCGGCGUUUCCUCCUCGUCGGUCAGACUCGGUUCGCCCGGCGGCGGCCUCUCUCUGUCUCCCAAACGCAAAGUGUGUGAUGAGCCAGAGGCUUUGGACAUUAAAAAGCGACGCAGUGAGACACCGACCAGUGCGCCUAGUGAUACUAUUAGUGCCAAUGCUAGUUGUGUGAGUGAGCCAGUGCUUUCGCGAGUGAGUGAGCCCAGUCCGCUGCUGGCCAAUGCAGCCACUACCAUCACAACUGUUGUGAAUGUAGCCGCAGCAGCAGCUGCAGCGACUGAAAGUGUAGACAAUGUAGGCAAGCCGGGUACUCCGGCGCCGUGUCCUAGUCCGGCCAAGCCUGGCAGUGGGGUCGACAGCGAAAAGUCGAACAGUCCGGGGCCACCGCGGCCCGUGCACAAGCUGAAGAAGGCCUGGCUGCAGAGGCAUUCGGGCGAGGACGUGACGUCGUGUGUGGCGCCUCCCUCCUCUCCCCCCGCCACUAGGAAGGAGUCGCCCGUGAUCUCAUCGUUGCACAGCAUCGGCUCGAUGGCCGUCAACAGCAUCAACAAGAGCAGCAAGCCAGCCAAGGGGGCACGCAAGGGCAAGGACGACGCCAGUCUGCACAACGGCCACCUCACGCCCGUCAAGACCACCGACGCCGACGACUCGUCCAGCUCCGAUCUGGAGCGCAAAACGACGCCCGUCAAGCGAGUGCCGCCCAAGCUCAAGAGAAAGAAAGGUGGUCGCAUCAAGGCGGUGGCACCUGCCAGCAAGAAGCCGCAGCAGACAGCUGUGAGUGCGAGUAGCACAGACAGUGAUAAGGAGAGUGGCAGUGAGAAGGACUCGGACGGCAAGAAGACGAGUGCCGCCUCCAACGACAAGCCGGCCAAGGACAGUGCCAGUGCCAAUGGGCGCAAGCGCGGUCGGCGGCCCAAGUCCACCAACAACAGUUCGCCCAAUCAGACAAAAAACGAAGGAGGUGAGGAGCCUGGAGGCAAGAAGCCGCGCGACGACCCGCCCGCCCCGCCGCCAUUCCAGAAGCAGCCGACGGUGGCGCAGCUGAAGAAGAGCGGAGACAGCUUCCUGCAGGACGGGCCCUGCUUCGAGGUGGCGCCCAAGCUGGCCAAGUGCCGCGAGUGCAGGUGGACUCCGAACCAGCGCUCGCGCAACAUGCCCAACAUCUUCUGUCGGUUCUACGCGUUCCGGCGCCUGCGCUACACCAAGAACGGCCAGUUGGCCAUUGCCGGCUUCUCGGAUCCUCACCGCGACGCCUCACACGACGACCUCAAGCUGUGGCUGCCCCCACCCCCCGACAACCCCUCCCCCGUCCCUGACCUGGACAUGUCGCGCUUCCUGCUGUCGCAGCUCGGCGAUCCUUUCUGCCACAUCAUUCAGCAGGAAAACGAAGCCUUAUCCGUCCACAUGUCUCAAGACAAAGUGAUAGCGUGGAAGAGAGUAGUUCAAGGAGUGCGUGAAAUGUGUGAUGUGUGUGAAACGACGCUGUUCAACUACCACUGGGCCUGCAGCAAGUGCGGCUUCGUUGUCUGUAUAGACUGCUAUAAGGGCCGCAAAAACGGCACCGUGAAAGAGUGGAACGACGGGAGCGGCGUGAGUGGAGGCGGUGGCGUAGGUGGAGGCGGAGGUGGAGGCCGCGACCGUGACGAGGUGUCAUGGCUGCUCUGCACCAAUCGCCAGCCGCACGAACAGGACAAGCUGAUGCUCACGCAAAUCGUGGCCGGCGACUCUUUACAGAUCGUCAGUCGCAAGGCGCAUGAGGCCUGUCUCCACCUCGGCAUACACAUGAACUGCGCAUGCCCACACGCGCAGCGGCUGCAGGCCCAUGUCAAGCCCACCAAUGGCAUCAACAAGGACCUUCUCAAGAACCUCCGGACAAAAGCAGAACCUGUCAAUGGACAGAUAAAACAAGAAAAACCGGAGAAAGAUGAAGAGUCGGUCGAAGAUAAUGGCGGCGAUAACAAAAAGACUGAUCCCCUCAACUGGCUAGCAGAUCUUGCGCUAUCCAGUGAGGACAAAAAGCAUGGCGAUACGGGUAGUAGUGAUAGUGACACAGAAGACGGCAACCACUCGACUCUGCGAGAGCUGCUCAUCAGGGCACCAUCGACCAAGGGGGGGCACAAUGCCACGCCAGAGGAGAACAGCAGCAGCUCACCCGCCCCCGCCGCAUCCGAGAACGGCACAACGCUGCCGCCAAAUGCCAACGCUAAUGCUAAUGCAAAGGACGAGCUGACGUGGAAAAAGAAGAAGGAAAUUAGUAAGGAGACUGAUAGCAAGGCAGAGGUGAAGACAGAAAAGCUGGUGCACUAUGUGAGUCGGUACACGGGAGCAUCGAAGGGAGGAUCGAUGUCACUGCCACUGCGCAUCAUGACGCUGAGUGAGAGCUCCCUGUUUUACCCAGAUGUGCCGCACCUCUGGCUGUGCGACGGAAAACUGCUGAGACUGCUCGACGCCGACAACCCCGGCAACUAUUCCAUCUUCCAGGACCAAUGGAAGCGUGGCCAGCCAGUCAUGGUCAGCGAUGUCACCAAAAACAUGGACAUGUCUCUGUGGCAUCCCGACGCUUUUGCCAAGGAUUUUGGCGACGACAAGAACCACCUGGUCAACUGUUUGACCGGCAAAAUAGUUCCUAACCAGCCGAUGAGGAAAUUUUGGGAAGGUUUUGACUCGUUGGCCAAACGGCUCAAGGACGAAAAGGGCCAGCCGAUGGUUUUGAAGUUGAAAGACUGGCCGCCGACUGAGGACUUUGCCGAAAUGUUACCGACCAGAUUCAACGACCUGAUGAAGGUACUGCCGCUUAAGGAGUACACGACGAGAGGCGGUCGCCUGAACCUGGCGUCCAGACUGCCCGAGUGCUUCGUGCGACCUGACCUGGGGCCCAAGAUGUACACGGCGUACGGCUCGGCCGGCCAACACAAGGGCACUACCAACCUGCACCUGGACAUCUCGGAUGCCGUCAACGUGAUGAUCUAUGUGAGCAUUCCGGAGGACGCGUGCGAGGAGGACUACAACAAGGAGGCCCUGCGAGCCAUCGACGAGGCCAGCUGCGAUAUCCUGACGCGCAGACGCGUGCGUGAGGCGGGCAUCCUGCCAGGAGCCAUCUGGCACAUCUACCUGCCGCGCGACGCCGACAAGAUCCGCGACUUCCUGAACAAGGUGGCACUGGAGCGCGGCGCCCGCCUCGAGCCCCACCACGACCCCAUCCACGACCAGACUUGGUACAUCGACACUGAGCUGCAGGUGCGCCUCUACCAGGAGUACAACGUGCAGGGAUUCUCCAUCGUACAGUGCCAGGGCGAUGCCGUCUUCAUUCCUGCCGGUGCUCCACAUCAGGUGAAGAACCUGCACAACUGCAUCAAGGUGGCCGAGGACUUUGUGUCGCCGGAGAAUGUGUCGCACUGCUUCCACCUGACGCAGGAGUUCCGCGAGCUGUCCGACACUCACUCGAACCACGAGGACAAACUGCAGAUCAAGAACAUCAUGUACCACGCCGUCAAGGACUCGCUCGGUGUGCUGUCCACCCUCAAGACUGAACCAUCCGCGAACGACGCCAACCCGCAGCCGCAGCCGCAGGCGACUGACGAGUCGUGAUCCCAGUCCAACCUUUAGGCCAGCAAUAGAUAUCUUUUCAAUUUACUUACAUUGCAAUCUAAUCUUUUCUGCUGUGUUAGAAUAUUUACGUCAACUAGCAUCAUAUAUCUUUUGAAUUUACUUUCAUUGGGAUAUGAUAUUUUACUGCUGUGAUCUCUGAUUUGUCAUAAACAACCACCUUAUUCCUUCUGACUUCAUUCAGUAAUACGUUACCGUAUUAAUAAUUGAGAAUUUUCUUACUAUGUAGAAUUAUCAAUUUUUUUAUCUUUUAUCCACCAUGAAAUGGAUGUUAUUCUAGUUGGUAUUUCCUGUAAUUCAGGAAAUAUUUGAGUCAGUUAAGGAAACUUCAGUUUAAAAUGUAAUGUAAACAUUAAAUGUAAACCGGAGAGUUCGGUCCCACAAGGUGUCAAACUAUCAAUGAUACGAUAACUGAAAAAAAUUUCAAGAAAAAUUGAUUGAUUAAUUGAAUGUAACCUGAUCUUAAGUCUGUAGUUAUAACUCAUUUAUUAAAAAUCAACCAGAUUAUUCCAGACUUGGUCUCAUUCAAUAAUAAAUUAUCAUAUUAUAAUUUGGUGGUAUUCCAUUGGAAUAUUGUCGGCAAUAGCUUGUAAAAUAGAAAAAAGAACUAGAUUCAUAUCAUUUUGAAGAAAAAAUCAAUUAAAUUUAUAUUUAUACUGGAAUUUAGCAGAUCGCAAAAAAUUAUUUGAUUGCCUGUAUUCCGACGAAUAUAAUUUCAAUCACUCAAUGAAUCAUCAUAAUAUAACUGUUUUAUUUAUUGAUCAAUAUUGAUAUCAACAUUUUUUAAUGUUUAUAUUGGAAAAUUUAUGUCAAGUUUGUUUUAUUUAGGGGCUCAACGCUGGCCUAUCGGUCUAAUUUAAUACGGUAACUUGAUCGGUAAAGUUUUUUGUUAUUAUAAUCGUGACUACUACUUUUUUGUAAAUAAUUAUUUUACCGUACUCUUUUGUAAGUAUUAUCGCUGUAAACUUCUUGUUAUUAGAUUUUUUACUGUUUGAAUUCUAUCAAUUUAUAAAUCGGAAAAAAUUAUGUGAAUAUAUACAUAUAGAUGAGUAAGUGCGAUUGAUGAUUAUGUACAAGUAAUAUGUAAAUUGAAUAAUGGAUGUGGUUUGAUGGCUAGAAGAAUUGUUGAUAUACAUUUUUCCUCAUUGAUGUGAUUAUAAUACUGAUUACAAUUUGAAUUAAAAAUUAUGUAUAUUGUUGAAAACAGUAAAUAGAAUUUUGUAAAUACUUAUAAGCUAAGAUGUAUCUAUUGAUAAUAAAAUAUUAUUACAUUACUAUUAAAUAUUACUUCUCAAUGUUGUAAUAAAACUUAUGUAACAAUGGUUCUUGUUGCAGCACCAAGUGAUGCAUAGCCUAAAUGAUUUUAUUACUGUACAGUGUCUAUUGUUUUUACUAUCGCGUAUUGCAACAAUUUAAUCGUUCAAUUACUAUAAUUGUUAACAAAUUCAACGAUACAUUCUCGCCAGCGGUUAGCUACCGCUUGUACGUCAGUGGAUAUUAUAAUUAUUAAUUUAACUUGCGUUUUGUAAAUAGUGUACAAAUUUAAAGAGAAGAAUUGUAACUGAGCCUGCCCAACCGCGACUUUGCACUUUUUCUACAAAACAAGUUAGCUCUUAUCGAUAAUUAUUAUCAAUUAUGAUUAUUAUCAUUAUAAUAGUGUUUUAUUAUAAUCGAAGUGUUAAUUUUCUCUUCCUUUUCGGUCUUUUAAAUGAUAUCACUCAAAUGUCGAACGAGCUCAAUAAUUAUUGUAAUAGACUUAUUCUAAUAAUGUGAUGUGAACUUGGCAAAGGGAGGGACAACAAACGAUCUCAAAUAUUAACUGAUUACGGAGUAGAAUGUGCAUUAGGUGUAUUCAACAUUUAAAUCAUAAUUUCAAGAGAACAAUUAUGUUUUGCCAUCUAGUUUCUCAAAACUUAUCAUUUCUCCAAGUUGGUACAGAACUGCAAAAGCUUCAGAAAAUAUUAUUUAUUUCCAUUCCAUUAUCAUUUUCGAUCAUAGGAAGAUCACUAUUGAGUUCGAUUAAUUUUUGGGCAAAUCAUGUUUCUGUGUAAGACUUACUUUGCCUAUGGUGAGAAGAUGAUGUAAAUUAUUUGUAACGAAAUUCUGUCCAAAAUAUUGAAGUUCUAAGGUUAAGUGAAGCUGUUGAUUUUUAAAUUGAAUAAAGUGCCAAUGUGGAUAAGAA